UACAUACAACCAACUGCAUUAGGGUGGCUCGAUUUUUAUCGAAGUAUUCAAGAAACUGGAAGCUAUUUAAAAUUAAUAAUUUCCUUUGAGUUUAUGCUAGUAUUGUAAAAGCAAAACAUAAACCAUAUUUUUUUAUUUAAAACCAUGAGCUUGUCUUGUUUUUUGUCGGUGUUUGUUGAGAGAUAACGUUCAUUUCUCUUAUCGAAGAAUCCUAUUUUUCGAUUCCAAAAUCAAUCCACCCUAACAUACAUACAUACAUACAACAUGGCGCAAAGAAAAAAAUUUUAACGCUGCAUUCGCGUCGCGGGAUUGCAUUUUCACAGAUUUGUGUCCAAAAAGCAAAGGAAAACGUCUUACAAGUGAUAAAUACCAAGCGGGAAACAGAAAGACAUUGGAAAAACAAGUGCGCGUUAAGAAAUUCAAAGGAAAUUGAGUAAAUGGUAAAAGUCGCCGGGUGGCCCCGCCAAAAAAAAGAGAAAAAGGAAUAAGACUCCCCCGCCCCUGUUUUGCAAACAUACCGAAAAGCGAAAUGGAAGCCGACAUAACGCCUGCGGCUGAAACUAAUGGAAGCACUGAGAUUAGCUCGCAGCAGCAUGAAAACAGGGAGGAGGGCCUGGCCAACAAAGAGCCACCACUAGAGCAAAAUCAGCAACAGGAGCCAGUCAAGUCGGGGGACUCGGUGGAAACUGCCGUCGCUGGAGCUGUCGGCGAGAUUAUAGACUACCUAGAGGAAGAUACAGGUGCACCAGGAGAUACGUCCCAGGACCAUGACACGGAAAUGGGCGAGGCCGAGUACUUAGAUGGUGAGAGGCCCGAAGAGCAGGACUCCGGAGCAAAGAGUAAGCCCGAUGCCCAGGAAGCAGACAAAAAAGAAGACAAGGAGGAUACGGAAAACGACGUUGAAGCACCCGCUGACAAAAAGAAACGCGCUGCUGAAGCCAACGAAGACGAAGACGGCGAAGAAGCUGCCGACGAAGCCGGCGAGGAAGGCACCGAGGGUGAAGAAGCCGGAGAUGAAGCCACCGAAGAGGGCGACGAAGGCGAGGAUGCCGAUGAAGAAGGGGAAGGUGACGGAGAAGGCGACUUUGAAACCGAGGAAGAGGGUGAGGGCGAAGGCGAAAUAAUCACUGGCGACGAGCCCGCCGAACUGGCCGAAGGUGAAACCGCCGCACCGGCCAGGGAGAAAAAAGAGGAGGAACCUGUGGACGAGAAUCAGUGCCGGGUCUGCACCAGCAAAGAGGAUCUAGUCAGUCUGUUCGAUAAGCAAAUCGAUGGUACUCCCGCGGACAUGCUGCUGGUCAUCUGUCCGAAUGUGUCGAUCUUGCCGAAGGACUUUAUGCCCCAGUUUAUUUGCCCCAAGUGCUUGGGCAGCCUUUCCAUUGCCAUACAGUUGCGGAAGCAACUGGAAUCCACCGAACAAAGUCUGCGCAAGCGCCUGUCCAGGAGCAAGAACAAGGUGCGUAGGCCCCGCGGAUAUGUGGUCAUCGACGCGCCAGUAUCCGAUUCCAGUGACGACGAAGAGGAGCUAAACGAUGAUGCUGAAUUCAAGGUAUCCGAUGUGGGGGGAUCCACGAGUCCGGAUACCGAUUCCGGCGACUCUGAUGAAAGUGAGAAGGUGAUGGAGAAGAAGAAACCAGGACGUCCGCGCAAGAGGCCCUUGGAUGAUGACGAGGAACCGUCCAGUGGCCAAAAGAAAAAGUAUCAGAGCUCAUCGACGCCGUCAGUGGGUCCGUUCGAGUGUAACCAGUGCGAUUUGACGUUCUCCCGCAAGCAAUCCUAUGUGCUGCAUCGCAAGACCCACGAGCGGACAGAGCACACCUGCCAGAUCUGCGGCAAGAAGUUCAAGGUGGAGUGGGCCUACAAGACGCAUCUGGAACGUCACGAGCAGGAGCGGGCCUCGUUCCGCUGCGAGCUGUGCAGCCAGGUGUUCCGCCUGCGGGCCGAACUGAAGCGCCAUAUGGCGGUGAAGCACGACGAGCAUGGAUUCAUUUACGAGUGCAAACGCUGCCAGCGCACCUUCCUCACUCAGCAGCGUCUGCAGCGCCAUCAGAGCAUCGGUUGCCAGCGCCAGUCGGAGGAGAAUCGCUCCUCCCAAGGACGCCGAGACGGUUACUCGCACGGAAAUUCGGGCAAGCGCCGGUCCGACGGUCAUCAUGGGCAGGGCCGGGAUCUUUUCAAGUCGGUGGCCCCGCUUACCACCACCUACUGGAGCGACAGCUUCUCAGACUAAGCUACUUCAUGGAUUGCGAUUUGGCGGAUUUCAGUUUUAAUCAACGAUUUUAAGUUUCUUUAGAUUUAGGUCUAAAUCAGUGCAAAUUAAUAACCUUUGUAAUAAAUACAAAAUAAACUAAGUGGCCACAAACGAAGUAUGUUUAAUGAUGGUGUCUCUUGAAAGUUUCUUUCAUUUAAUUAUGUUCAAAAUUUGAUUUAACUGCCGUGGAAAAACUGAAAUAAUCAAAACAUUUAGAUUAAGUUUAUUGGAACUAGUUGAUAAGUAAGAAUGUAGCUGUCACAACUUGAACAAAAAACUGCUUGUUUUCAUUAUUAAGUUUAUUACAUUACACCUUUAAUUUCCAACUGGGCUGUCUACUUCAUUUAAAUCGUGCUUGUAACUUUAUACUUAUUUGGGCGGAUCACUUUAGUCAAGUAGUUUUAGAAAAUAAAUUGAAAAUGUACUAUUUCGAACUAAAAUCGAACACUUUAAUUCAGCAAAUUUUUGUCGAUAAGUGCCAUCUUUCAUAUAAAAAGGACCUUUUGUUUAAA